CACACACACACGAGAGAGACACACGAACACGCGUUCCCGGCAGCUUCCCCGGAGAUCGCGCAUUCUUCAGGCCGAAUCCGCCGCGACCCGUUGGCGGGAGCGCAUCGCUGCUACCCAGGCCCGGAGAUGCCGCCGAAGGAGCCUUCGCCUUGAUGCGUCCGACGCUCCCGGAGACAGCUCCGCCAGAGCGCUGCGACGACUGGGGGGUCGACACCAUGAAGCACAAGCCGGUGUACAGUGGGGAACCGGCCAAGAUCAAGUGCCCGCUCUUUGUGGCUUUUGUGAAGUACAACUACAGCACUGCCCACUCGGCCGGCCUGACCCUCAUCUGGUACUGGAUCGGGCAGGGCCAGGACCUGGAGGAGCCCAUCAACUUCCGCCAUCCCGACAACCACAUCAGCAAGGAGAAGGACAUGCUCUGGUUCCGCCCAGCCCUGCUCAACGACACGGGGAACUACACCUGUAUGCUCAGGAAUGCCACUUACUGCAGCAAAAUUGCCGUCCCCUUGGAGGUGGUCCACAAGGACCCCGGCUCCUGCCUCAGCCAAGCGGUCAAGCCAGAAGAAGUCCUCAUGUACUACAGCAGAGUCAAGCAGAACCUCACCUGCCCGGAUGUGGAGAGCUUCAUCCCCACCGGCCUCGAGCCCCAGGUCCGCUGGUACAAGGAGUGCCACCUGAUGAAAUAUGAGUAUCCUGAUCGGAUCCCCAAUGGGCUCAACCUCACUUUUGCCAUUGUCGAAACCGCGUAUGAGGGCGAGUACACCUGCGUGGCGAGUUACCGGGAAAAUGGCCGGGAUUUCUCCCUGACACGGACGAUGAGAGUCAAGGUCGUAGGAUCACCCGAAAAAUCAACGCCUCCUGUGAUCAUUUCCCCAACAAAGUGGAUCACCUAUGAACUCAAGCCAGGGGAACAACUUUUUCUCCAUUGUGAGGUCACUUUCACGUUCCUGAAGGACUCUCCCCAGGAGGUCUGGUGGGCCAUUGAUGGAAGGCACUCAGAUGACGUCACCGACUUCAAGUUCAAUGUGUCCACCACGGAGACUCCCUUAUCGAUCGGAGGGACCAAGAUCGAAAAGACGCUGAUCGCGCCCCGUGUAACGGAGAAGGAUUUGAAACGCAAUUUCACCUGCUUCGCCCAGAACAACCGAGGCAUCGUGCACGCCCAGGCGGUCGUGAGGAUGAAACCCCCAGUUUUGAGAUACACCGUGGAGCUCGCCUGUGGUCUGGGGGCCACCGUGAUGCUGGUGGUCCUCCUGACGGUCAUCUACCACUUCUACUGGCUGGAAAUGGUCCUCUUCUACCGUGCUCACUUUGGGACCGACGAAACCGUCCUUGACGGGAAGGAAUACGACAUUUACGUCUCCUACGCCAGGAAUACGGAAGAAGAGGACUUCGUGCUGCUGACCCUUCGCGGCGUCUUGGAGAACGAAUACGGCUACAAGCUCUGCAUUUUCGACCGAGACAGUCUGCCCGGGGGGAACAUCACCGAGGCCAUCUUUGACUUCAUCCAGAAGAGCCGGAAGAUGAUUGUGGUCCUGAGCCCCGAAUACCUUCUGGAGAAGAGCAUCAGCCUUCUGGAGUUCAAGCUGGGCCUCCUCUGCCAGAACAACAUUGCCACCAAGCUGGUGGUGGUGGAGUACCAGCCUCUGCCCCGCGCCCACCCGAGCGUCCAGCAGCUGAAGGAAUCCGUGGCCUUCGUGGUCUGGAAAGGGGAGAAGUCCAAGCACCUGGGGUCCAAGUUCUGGAAAGCCUUACGCCUGGCCUUGCCCCUCCAGAGCCUCGGCACCUGUGGCCACGCCGUCUGGAACGAAAGCAGCUCCUCGCAUUCGGACACCAGCUUGGACCAAGCUCAGAAGAAGAGGACCAGGUUGAAAGGCCCACCGCCCAAAUCCAAGGCCGUCCCUGUCCGAAGAGGGCCGGCCACCUUGCCCCGAAGGAAGACCAAGCCACAGCCACCCAAGCCGUUCCUGGCCUGCCGCUGUUGCGUGGCCUCCUCCAACGAGAAGCGCCAAGCCAAGAGCCCCGGCCAAGCCGCGGCCAAGCCCAAGCAAGAGAUGCCAUGCCAGAGGCCGCUCCUGGGAGACGCCGUGGUGGGCCACCUCCAGAAGAACGGGAAGAAGCACCCUUUGGAGUCCCAGGGGGCAGCUCUGGGCCUCCAGCAGUUUGCAGAUGUGUCCAAUAACAAUGACUUCUACGUCCUUUAA